AUGUUAGGAGGUCCCUCUGGCCGUCGUGCAUCUUCAGCCUCAGUUGCUGCAACAGCAGCAGCUGCUGCAGCAGUGGCGACCCCUGCAGCAGCAACGCGAGCAGCAGCAGCAAAAGCUGCUGCUGAUGUUGCUGCUGCUGUUGCCUCUGCUGCUGCAGUCCUCUCUUCAGCAGCAGCUGAAAUCGCAGCAGCAGCAGCAACAGCAGCAAAAAAAGCAGAAGAAACCGGCAAGUCAACAGAAGACGCCUCUCAAGACACCAGUGAAGCAGCAACUGCAGCAGCAGCAGCAGCAGCUGCUGCUGCUGCUGCUGCAGUUGAAGAAGCUGCAGAGGUUUUGCAGCAGCAACGUGAGGCGGGUUGUUCUAAGCAUGAAGAGCCCGCUCUUGAUUUGCUACUGCCGCUGCUGCUGCAGCGGCUCGAUUGGCUAGUCCGACAGCAGCAGCAGCAGCAGCAGCAGCAGCAGCAGCAGCAAGUGCAGCAGCAGCAGCAACAACAGAAACUGCAGCAGCAGCGAGCUGCAUCAUUGCGAGAUAAGGGAGAACGCUACAGUCGAGCCAAGGGGCAACCAGAAACACGGCAGCAGCAGCAACACCAGCAAGACCAGCAGCAAGAGCAGCAGCAGCAGCAAGAGCAGGAGCAGCAGCAUCAGGCGGAGGAGCAGGAGGAAGAGCAGCAUCAGCGAGAGCAGCAGCAGCAGGAGCAACAGCAGCAUGCAAGCUACACGCUCUAUAGUGGUUCGAGGCCUAAGCCGCAGCAGCAGCAACUCCGCGUUGAGAUGUCUCUUCAGCUGCUUCGGCUUUGUCUCCUCCUUUGA